GAUAAAUACAAUGACUUCCGUUUAGACGAUACCGAGGUCGCAGUCUCGAUGUGGACAACUUGAGGUCAAUGGUUUAUGUAUGGCGGAGAGACUUUAAUCACGAAGAUGGCUAAAAACAACUCAGUAAGAUGAAGGAGAAUGGAAGCAGUUGUUUACUUCUGUUCUCAGAAGAUGCCUGUUGCCAUAUGAGCUGACCACUUCAGGGAUCGGAGCCCAAGUGAAAUCCAAAGAAGAGCUCCAUCAUGAAUAAAUUGCCCUACCCUUGGCCUCAUUAGUUUUGUCAUUUGUCAUCAGCAGUGGUCUUGUGUCCUGGCUGCAGUUAUCAGUCACGGACAUGUUUGGUACUUGGCAGUUCACUUUUUAACUUUAGUUCCAGGGGGAGGGUUAUCAGAUUUCUUUGCUUGAUCAGGCUUCAGAUUCAGACCAACCACCAGCUAUUGCUUUGUACAGUAUUUGAUCAACUGCAAUGGCUCAGGUCUCCCUUGUUGCUGGUGACAGCUCAACAGCAUGUCCAUUGAGUGACAUGCAUUCUUCUGUUAUUUUCUUUAUGGUCUCCAAAACACAUUAGAAUUUAUUUUCAUCAUUUUCUGCUGGCCACUUGAUUCAUGCAACUCAAACCACUGGAAACAAGCAAACAAACAAAAGAAUGGCUCAGGCACAUGUCAAGGACUGUAGAGAUGAAGUUUUACACGCAAGCAGGCAUCGGAGUGGAAGCACAAAAUAUGGUCCUGAUGCUGAAACCCAGCCUGCUGCCCAGAAACCUCCUUCACAGUCGGCAUUCCUCAAUCUUCGAACCAAAUUUGAAGAUUCUGACCAUCGCAGCAAAGGUCGUUUUGGAUCAAAAGUCAGCCGAAUUAAAGAAAUGUUUCAAGGUGCACAAGGAGAAGGUAUGACAGGCACAGGUCAAGGAAGUCGGUCCACCACAGGGUCCACAACAGUGUCCACUACAGUACCUGGAAGUGGACUGACAGACUCCCAUCAUCAUCACAACCAUCACACUUCUGGAGCUGUAUCUGUUUCUGCUUCUUUAAGCCCUUCUUUAAGUGUGGAUGUAGGCAGAUCACCAGAGUCAAAGAGGAAGAAAAUGGGGGAUGCAGCCUUGUCUGGCUCCAGGGAUUCUGUUCUGUCAUCAUGGAUAGCCAGGUCUCCUUCCUCUUCACCUUCAGCACCUGAUCUCCUACCCCUUCAUCCAGAGUCCUCAUUGCUGGAAGCAACUAACCAUGUCCAGCGCUUUAACUACACUCGCAUGCUAUUUGCUAAAAUGGAGGAAGAGUCGCGCCUGGCCCAGGAGCGUGAGAAAGUUAUGCGCCGCAAAACUUCUCCAGUUCACACCCCAUCUUCUCCUCCACCUGUUUUGUCACCAAGGUCACCUCCUAGUCCUGUUGCUAGGAAAGUCUCCAGCUUUGAUGAUGUCUCAAAAAUCAGUGAUGUUGGCUUCAUUUAUUCUCAAGAAGACUUUCUUAGAAAGGAUGGUAUUGUAGAGCCAAAGACAGAGACCCCUGCAAAUAACACAGAGGAAGAAGAGCAGAGUGAGCCAUGUACAAAAUCUUCUGUUAGCCAUCUCAGCUCUAAACCUAGUGUCACUCAGACUUCAUCCGUCUCAUCAACUACAGUCAUGCUUCGCACACAUCGAGAGCCACAGCCAGAUGUCAUUGGUGCUAACAGAGUUGGUGACAGAACUGGAAAAUACAUAAAGAACUUGGACUUGCUGAAGACUGUUGAGAAUGUUGACAAGCCAGAGCGUGGCACAGAUGAACUCAAGUCUGUGCGAGCCAGGGUGACGGGAGCUUCUACUCGACAGCGUGUAGAGCCUCCACCCAAACGUGAACAUUCCCCAUGGAGGAAUAGGCAAUCAGCGUCUGAAAGUCUUUCAUUUUCACAUUCCACAUCUACCACCAAACCAGAAAAUGGAGUUGAUACUUCUGUAGUCAGGAUGAGACAAAAGAAACCUGCCACCUCCCCAGAAAGCAAUAAAGGACUCAGUAAGGAAGAAAUAGAGGCUGCUAUCGAAAGGGCAGAUUCCUACCUUUCUUCAAUGCUUGCAACUGCUGAUGCUGAAGAAGUGCAGCAGUCCAAACGCAGGUCUUGGGAAGGAAGGAAGCGAGAUGAUGCAACCAAACGAUUUUCUUUUGACGAGAAAAAUUAUGUAAGUGGACUUGCCCGACACUCCAGAUAUGCAAAUCAUAUGAGUGCCUCUAGUCAAUCCAGGACUGAAGACAUCCCUACCACUUAUGUUACUUCUCAGGCAGUUCACAGGGAAGUGACAUUUGAUUUGGAACAAAAUACAAACAAUGUAGCAGAGGAGGUAAUAAAGAGUGAAGGUGAUACACAGAACUUUUAUGCUUCAUAUUCUAACAUUCCAGACCCUCCACCUUAUGAAAGCACAACUCACUUUCGUUUUCGUACAGACAAACAUGUGACAGCUGAUGACAAACCUAAACUUGGUAAACCUUCACCCCCUCCCAAGAAACCAAACCCUGUCCCCAGACGGGUAGCCCCACCACCUCCAGCAGCAACUCUGCCUUCAAAGCCAUUGCAGACAGAGGCUGCUCAGGUGCCGGCACUUUGUCCUGAUGUGACAGAGGAUGUUUUACAGGAUAAGGCACCAUCCACGGAAUCAGCACCUUUUCCGCUUGAACCAGACUGGGGAGAUAUGGUGACUGAUUUUGCUUCACCAGUGAACUCGCAGUCAAUAGAAGUUGGUCUGAAUGUCACCGCCUUUGCAAAAAAAUCUGAAGAUGACAAUGCCCAGGAUGAGGUGGAAUCAAAAAUUCCUCUGAAACGUGAAGAUGGUGAUGGCAGUGAAGAACCUGAUGUAACAGCCAAUGGAGAGCCUUCAGAAGUGCUUGACGGUGAAGACCUGUUUGAGGAAGUAGAGGCGCAUGUACCCUACAUAGAAAUACCACCUCUCUCCAGUACAGAUGAAGAGGACAGUGAUGAUGAGUAUCAAGUAAAGAAGGCCAGUCGCCUCAAGUUCAGCAAAAAUCCAAUUCGGGUCUUUCCAACAUAUAGCACAAUAGAAUAUGACAGGCGAAAUGAAGAUGUUGACCCAGUAUCAGCAUCCGCUGAAUAUGAACUGGAAAAGCGAGUCGAAAAAAUGGAUGUAUUUGAAGUUGACUUGCUGAAAGGCUCAGAAGGUCUAGGACUGAGCAUCAUUGGCAUGGGAGUUGGCGCUGACGCGGGCCUAGAGAAGCUUGGCAUUUUCAUCAAGACCUUGACAGAAGGAGGGGCAGCGCAGCAAGACGGGAGGAUUGAAGUCAAUGAUCAGAUCAUUGAAGUUGAUGGUAAAAGUUUAGUAGGAGUCACACAGGCUUAUGCUGCUUCUGUAUUACGCAACACAAGUGGCAUUGUCAAAUUCCAGAUAGGGCGUGAAAAAGAUCCAAGCAAGAGUGAAGUAGCUCGACUUAUCCAGCAGUCCCUUGCUCAGGAUAGGGCACGUGAAAACAUGCGUGAAAAGGAGCAGGAACGCCUAAAGCAGCUUGAAGAGGCCUUUGAGCCUAAGGAUGAAGUAAUGGAGCAGCUUUACCAUGAACAUCAACAAACUUAUCAGCCUCUGCGACAGGUAAACGGUCAUGCUUCCUUCCCUAAAGAACAAGAAGAGGGACGUUUGGAUGAUUAUGAUGAGGAAGAGGAUGAUGGGGCUGACGAAGAGGAGGAGAUAAAUGCUGGAAAGAAUUCUCAGGAGGUGGAUGACGAAGAAAAGGUAGAACUGCUACAUAAUGAGAGGCAGCAUCAGAGGGAGCACAACUUUGUUCUGGAGCUUGAGAGUGCAGCAGGGGACACCACUCCACAGUCAAUGCCUUCCAUAGCAGACGAUGAGAAUGGUAGUUCACCAGAAUAUGUAGAAAACUCAGAUGCAAAACCAACUGUGGAAGUAUUUGAGCUACAGGAAAGUAGCAGUGAUACAGGUUCACCAGAAAUGGAAGCAGAAAAACUCUUCAUUAAACUUAAAGAGGCGCAGUAUAAAAAUGCAGUUGCUGAUGCAGAGCUGGCAAAGUUAAGAGCAAAGAUGAUCUUGUUGGAGAGUGCUGAAAGUCAAAGGAAGCAGACAGAUAAAAAGUAUGAAGAUGCACUUCAUAGACUGCGAGAAGUAGAGAAGCAGCUGGAAGCAGCUAAGAAAGAGAAGAGUCAGUAUCAGGAUAUGCUAGAGGGAUCACAGGGCCAGUAUAUUGCACUGGAGAGGAAAAUGAAGGCAGACUUUAGUGCUCUGGAGAAGAAAUAUCACAAAGCCAAAAAGCUUAUAAAGGAAUAUCAACAAAGGGAGAAAGAUUUUCUUCAAGAAAGAGAGAGUCUUCUGGAACAGCAAAGUGAAAAGGACCAGCAGUACAAUGAUUUGGUAAAAUAUCUCAAAGAUAGGGUGUUCCAACUGGAGAGUGACCUGGCUGAUGCUAGGAAAGCGGCUGGUCUUCCACCUGUCCCCUCGCAAGAAAUUGUUGAGACUGUGCAGAUCUCUGUGUCCCGGUCUCCUGCUCGUGCUGUUACAACAAUGCUUAAUGGAGAGGAAGAACCUCUGUCACCACUGCAACAGUCUGCAGAAGAUGACCUUUCAACGUGCUCAGAAACAUCUUUUGAUAUUGUCAUUUCUCCUGAUGUGGACGAGACUUUAUCAAAUAAGGCUGUGCCAGAGUUUGAGGAUGAAAUUGAUGCUGUAAAUGUGCCAGUGGAAUUUGCGUCAGUGCCUGAUACACCUCUUUUGGAUACCUCUGCACAUCGGGCCCGUGCCCAUCUGGCGAGCAACAUGCCUGCUCGAAGACCACCCACAAAACGUGGCAAGUCACCAGAGAAUGAUUUUGAAGACUUGGAAGAUGCUGAGGCUGCAGAAGCAGCAGCCCUGGCCAUGAUGACGCGACAAGACAUUGGGCGGAGUGAGAGUGAGAGUGGCCUUGAGACGUGGAUCAAGCAUGACAGAGAGGCCAUUGCUGACAGCACUGUGAGGAAAAGUGAUGCUAGAAAGCGCAAGGCUAAGCAGGUACCUGCUGGCUCCAUGCACGUCCCUCCUCCCUCACCUCCUUCCUCAACCUCCAGCACAGCACCAUCUUUACCUGGCACCUCACUGUCUCUCGACACUGACAGCCAGUCUGAUAGCCAUAGUCUCAGCGAUGCUGCUGCUUCUCGAAAAGAUGACAGUCAGUCCGACACUUCAUCUUCAGUUUCCCAGACAUCAUACGAUCCCUCAAAGCCACAUUUCCGAGGCAUGGAAUCUGAGAUCCCAGAAACAGCAUCACAAGAAGAUGAGGGUGGUGUGUCUUUGGUGUCAGCUAAAUCCUCCAGCAAGGGAUUUGGUUUACCAAAAUUUUCCCUGAAGCCUAAAGGGCUUUUCGGUGGAGGCAGCAGCAAGGAAGCGCAGGGCAUUGUGCUGCUGUCCAAUCGACCACUGGGUGAAAGUACUGGAAAUGGUCUCCCUUUAUCUUCUACUUCAUCCUCAGGCAUAACUCUAAUCUCUAAAAAGCCACUAGAUUCCAGCUGUUCAGACUUGGAUGCUGUCAGCACUACCAGUGAUGUCUCAUCCUCACUCAUGGUGUCAGAACUUGAUGAUGACGUGGCAAGAUCUGGUUUUACUUUGAACAUAUCUGGCACACCUGCCCAAGAGGAGAAUGUAUCUCCCAACAAGAGGAGUCAGAAUCAGUAUCAGUCAUGCAGCAUAGCAGAAUGGAAUACAGAAAAUGUGUGUCACUGGCUGAUGGGACUGGAGAUGGAUAAGUAUAUUGCAGCUUUCACUGACAAAUGUGUCACUGGCAGCCAACUUUUGGCUAUGGAUGGUUCAAAAUUGAAGGCAAUGGGUGUAGUCAGCAGCAAAGACAGAGAGCUGAUAAAAAAGAAGGUUAAGGAGCUGCGGGCAGCUACUGAGAAAGAGAAGAAACAGCAGGAAAAAGAACGGAAGGCCCGGGAGAAGGAACAGAAAAAACAACUUAAGAAAAAGUGAAUGUGUGCUGCAAACAUUUGGUUCGCCUAGCAGUGGAUUUUGUGGAGAGGUUACUCUUUGACAACUGGGAUGCUGUAAAGGAUGUACAUACUACAGCAGUCCAGACCAAAUAUAUUUUUUAUUUGACUGUGUGCCUGAACUCAUUGUGUAUUAAAACAAGUGUGGUGGUAAAUACAUUUUUAUUAUUAAAACGAGUUUUAGCUUCUCUGAAUUAGCCUUGAAAAGGCACUCAAACAUUUUUAAGAUAUUUUUAUGUACUGGAUCAUCUUAUCAUCAUUGUAUGUACAUAUCUGCAGAUGUUUGACUUGAAUCUACUCAUUUGUUUUUAAAAAUGUAUGUUGCUUAGCAAGAUAUGACUUCCUAGAGUGUCAUUAAAAAGGUUUACCAGUCCAUGUUUCAUAUGAAAUUUUAUUGAAUUAUAUGCAGGCAUAGUAGCCUAUAUUUAAGAAAUAUAAUGGUAAUAAUAUUUCUGUUAUGCACUAGAACAACACUUUAAAUGAAAGAUGAAAGGCUUGAAGACCAAAAUGCAUCUUUGUAAUAUAAAUAUCUUUUUCUUAAAAUGCCUCAAAAUUUAUCAUGGAAGCUCAGAGGCAAAGCAUUGGUGCAGAAUUUGUGUUCUGUUCUGCUCAUGGUCUGUUCAUGCUGGUUCUUUUGUUAGUUUUCAAAGCUAAUUUAUGGUUUUAUGAGAGGUAGAUGUGUUUCUGUGUUCAGAAUAUUACAAAUUGAAGUUAUGGUAAGCAAGAUAUAAAAUGGCUUUUAGUUGUAUUAUUAAUGACAAAUCAUCUGAUGCUGUUAAUCCUGUCUGCAAUCGGACUGCCAGCAAAAAUUUAAUUUUUGUCAUUUUGUCAUCAGUAAUUCUAGCGAUAACAAUAAUUUCGAUUUCUUUGCAGUAUUUUUUUUUAACCAUCAAAGUGGACUCAAAGGGCUUUACAAAAAAAGCGAGAUAACAGCUCAGGGCAAAAUCAUCAAUUCUGGAACCAAGAAUCAAUUAUCAUAAAGAAAGUCAUAAAGAAGUAUCCAUGGAGUAAGAGACAAAAAAAAUACAGUUCUCAUAGGAAGUGCAGGUACUUGCACAGACCCAGAAUAUAAACAUGUCAUAGAAAAUGUAUUGACAAAGCACAAAGUCCAUAGAUGAUGAUGAUGAUGAUGUCGAUUUGUAGUGCGCAAGUAUCCAUUCCGAAGAAUGCUCAUUGCGCAGAAAGAAACAAAAGAAGAAUAAAUAAAGUGAACAAAUAUAUAAAACACCAGGAAAAGUACAAAAUAUAGACAGAAGUGUUUCUUGGUUGUUUAAGACUGGUUUGAAAAAAACAGAUGGGUUUUCAGUUUUUUGCAAAAUGUGGUUGGUGAGGUGAUAGAUCAGAAUGUGUAAAGAGUGUAUAGUCCAUACAGUUCAGAGGGAUAAAGCUAAAACUGCGAAGAAGUGGGAAGUAUUCAUGAAGCGAAAAAAAAACCUUUGACAAGAUAUCCCAACAGUAGGCUGAAGAGGUCAUUAGUGAAAGAAGUAGUCUACAGGUGGAAGCAAUGGCAUCAUUGAACAAUAAAACAGGUAUAUGGUACAACAGAAAGCAAAAGAGACAUCAGGACAGAGAUCCAGAAUGAGAGAACAAAGAGAGCAGUCUCUUCAAGCCAGUUAGGUGAAGAAGGAUCACUCUCAUCCAUGAUUUUUAACAUGAUAAUGGUGGAACAAACAGGUAAAAAAAAAUUCACUUUUCUAAAUUUUUUUUUAAUUGACAGUUGAAUACAUUAGAAGCAUUUUCAGUAAGGAUUCUUCCCGUUGUUGAACAGUUUAAAGUUAUGCAGGUAAAUAAACUUUAACCAGCUGCCAACAUAUUAAAAAAAAAAAUUUAGAAAAAUAAAAGAUUUUGUCAAACAUCUGUUUGAAGUGACUACAAGCUAGUACUGAAAUAAGCUGUGCUCAAAUUAACAGCUGAAAUGGUUUGUAACAAGAAAAACAGAGUUGAUGGUACACAAAGAUUUGAUCAAAUUAGUGCUUUUUAAUAUUUGCUGCCACAUUUGUGAGAUUUAGAGAAAAAGGGUUAAGCUACAGAACAGUGACCAGUGACUUGUAUGGUGGCCACAUUAUCUGAAUUACUUUCUAAAAUCAGCACACAGCUAUUAUUUUUAAAAACUUGCAUGAUAUCAUCUUAACAUGAGACCCAUUUGGCUACAUCAUUGAUAUUUAACUCUCAACAGUAUGAUGUUUCAAAUAUUUGAUAAAGACUUGAUGAAGACAUAUCGUUAAGACUUUAUGAUGAAUUAAUUUUAAUGGUUGAUUUGCUUGGAUUUCUGGUAGUUCGAUUCUUCUCAGUCUUCCAUUAGUCCCCUACAUGCAGAAACCCAAGACAUCUAGGUAACAAGAUGUCUCUUGUGGUAGUUUCACAGAUGCCUUAGUAAGCAAAGUAUGAAGUUCUUGAAAGGAAUUGUCUGGAUAGACCGAGUGAUGUUUUUGUUUCAAGACCUCUAGAGCUGGCCUCUUUUCAGAUUUAUGAAAAUACAGUCUCUUGCCAAAAGGUUUUGUUGAAGGAAUGGUGGCAACAUAUUGAGUUGAGACUGUUUUUCAAAAUUGAGUUACUGUCUGACUGACGAAGCCAUGAUCUGGUUAUAGAGUUGUAAAAAUUUUAUUUUUGAAUAGUGCUGCAGACAUAGGUGCAGUUGGCUUUGCAGUAGUAGAAGAAAUAAAAUAAAACCAUUGAUGUACAUAAAAAAUUUUGAGUAGAUAUCAUUUUUUCGAGUCUCUUCCCUCUUUAUGCCUGUUAGUGGCAUACAAACAUCAUUUCACAAAGUAAAUUAUAUCCUCUUCAGCGUGACAAAAAAUGUUUGUAGAAUAGUGCAGCAAAGCACAAAAUGUUUGCUGCAAGUUUCCUCCACCACAAAAUAAAGAACUUGCAAAUAAAAUGCAAUCAUGUGUCAUUGUUAGUUUUUUUUUUUACCCCUUACCAAUAAAAACAAUCUUUUUGUUUCAUGCUGUCCUUGAAAACCUUGUCAAUCAGAUUUUUGUAUUUGAACAUUAAUCUCUAGUUUGGAAGUUCCUGACAGUUAUGACAGUUUAUUCAGGCAUGUAUAUGUUGGGAUUUGUAUUUAUUUUGUUGUUAUGAUGACCAAAAUGUAAGCAGUGUUCUCAUAGUGAAUGAGAGAACAUCGGAUUGUGUACUUUGAUGCUGCAAAAUCUUUGAUGUGCAUAAUUUUCAUUUCCCACCUUUUGGGACAAACUUUUGUCUCAAACAUAGUGACAAGAAAAGAGUAUUGGAUUUGCUUGGUAGGCAAGAAUAGUAUUUGCAAGUGAAUAGUUUAAGCCAUAAAAUGACAUUGAGAGAUGAUGGAAGGUUGAUAGCAUGGUUGGAAUGGCCACUGACAGUUGGAGAGAACAGGUGUUUGUUGAGUUUUUUGGGGGGGUUAGGAGUAGUUCUGUGUCUUGAUUUUUAUUAGGCUUUUUCAUGUAAAGUGGUAGCAGUAUAUUUGUUCCUUAAUGAUAUUAAAUGAGAUUUUUUCUUAUUAGAUAUUGUUGGCAGGAAUAAUACAUGUUUUUCAGGGCUGUUAUGCAUAAACUGUACAUAAUGUUGAUUUUCAUUUAUACAGAGAUGUAUCAUUUUUAACAUAUCUAUAAAAUUCUUGGGAGAGCAAGUCUCUAAUUUGACUGACAAGAUUACUCGUGGAUAAAAAUAGAUAUUAUUGCCCAAGAAGAAAUACACAAGAUCAAACUCAGAAGUGUAAUUAAUCGUGGAGAGUGAUCACCACCAAUUAUGAUUUUAUUAUGAUUUGUAGAGCAUAUCAAUUGUACACUGUUUGCCAAUUUUUCAAGUUAAAUGCUUCGAAUGUUAAACUAGUAUUGUUGUUUAACUUAGCUCAUAUCAUAGGUGUCAAGAAUAAAGGAAACUAACCCUGUGCAAAGACGUAGACAGGAAAGAAGAGUGUAGAACUGUGUUUUAAUUAUAAUACAUCCUAAUUAAGUAAAUUUAGCAUGAAAUGGGUACUUCUUCUCAUAGGGGUUUUUGAAAAGAAGUUUCCAAAGUGCUAAUGGCACAUUUCUUCAGCUGCCAAGGCUCAUUUGUAAGUUCUGUCUUUGAGAGUGAAUUUUUGGAGGAUUUCGUCACUCUUUUUGAACCGGAUUUGUUAGUGCGAUUUUGUAAUAGAAGAAUGCUUUGGAAUAUAAGAAUACAGUUAUAACAGAUGUAGCAUUUUUAAAUGUAACAACUGUAGGAUUGCUUUCACCAACAGUCAUAAGAGUUAACCCAUUAUAAUACAAACAUAUAUAUAUAUAGAAACAAGUAAACAUAGGAAAGACUUUCUAAUGCUGUUUUAACAAGCACACAGACUUAUACAGAAACCCUAAAGGUAUAUUGAAAGAAAUUUAAAAGAAAACUAUUUUUUUUUUUUUAAUAAAAGAUAUAUAAAAUACCUGAUACAUUAUUUUGACACGUACAUUGAUUAGGUCUGCCUCUUUUUUUAAAAUUCUCUUGCAGAGUGUAUGUAACACUUUUUUCCUGCAUGAAUAAGCCUAUAGUGUCCGUCUGAUAUUUAUGGGUACUUUUAAGUUAGGAAAAGUAAACACUCUUGAAACCAAUCACCAUGAGAUGGCCUUAACUACCUGUUGGGUGCAAAAUCCUAUAAUUGCUCAUUAAAUCGUACAACUUGGGUCUGGUUAGCAGGCGGCAACUUGGUCUUGCAAAUGGCUGAACAAUUUUGAUUGUCAAAAAUGUCUUUUUACUAUUUUUAGGAGAUGGACAUGAGCUGCCAACAUUUUUCUUCCUCUUUUAUCAAUUACAGAGUUACUUUGACAUGUUAACAGCUACAACUAUUUCUAAUAAUUUUACCUUUUUGUGCUGUGGUAGACUGCAGUGUUACCAGGACCAAGACAAAUCACAGAUCUGUUUGAUGUCAUUAUUCAUUGAAAGCAGACUUUAGAGUACAGGAUGGAGGAAGAGGAUAACAAAAAAAAAAGUUACCUGAAUGUCUGAUAAAGCAAGGUGUUUGUCAUAUUGCAAAGAUUGUACUGUGUUGGAAAAUAAAUGUUAAGUCUACUUGCUCAUUUCAAAAUAAAACAGACAGGUUACCUCAGUAUGUCCUUGUCCUGCAGCAGCAGUGUUCUUUCUGACGUGAAGUGAUCCUUUACUAGGGAUAAAUACAUUAACUUGCACAUGCCAUAAAUGUAAACAGUUUGCAAUUGUGUGAAGUUUGUUCAUAAUGUCAUUAUCCAUUUUGAUUGUUAAUUUUUAAGACAGCUGUUCCUGAACUGGAUAAAACAGUAACUGAUAGAGUUGUGUAUUUCAAAAGUUGUCAAUCAGUAUGUGUUGUGUCUUGAUAAAUUUUGGUCCUUUUUGUUUUUGUGGCUGUGAAUUGUAGUCUGUUUUGUGUGGUUUAACACCAGGCCUUUGUAAGACUUUGGUUAGACCUACCAAGACUCUUGAGUAUGUGUUUUUGAAACAUGCAAAAAAACUUUAAGUCUGCAUGAACAAAGGUAUAGAAAAAGCAUGAUAGAGGGUAGUGUGGGUUUGUCAGCUUGUUAUUUCUAUUUAUACAACAUUUUUUUAUUGAAACCUGUUAUAGGUUAGGAUGAAGCCCUUAGGGAAAUCAGUUGAAAAUUGUUCUGUAAGGGCACAUUUGUAUGUGAAAGUAAUAAUAUGCUAUUGUCAUUAUUGUUUAAGAAAAUACAAAGACUGUUACUUCAUACUUUGUUGUAAUCCUUGGACCAGAAUCUUUUGAUUUCAUUAAUAUUGUUUCUAGGGAUGUUGAUUUGCACAAUUUUAUACCCAGUCUUGGUGUUGCAAAAGGUGUUCUGUUUGUGUGUUAUGUACUUAAGCAUGCAUUUUUGCAUGUAUGCAUGAACAACUGUGGAUACUUAAAUGUGCAUGUAUGCAGUUACUUGUGCACACAUAUGCAGGCAGGAACAGACAUGCAUAUUUACAUAUAUUACCUUGACUGAGGUAAACACUUCACUACUAGCAUUUCAUCACAGAAAAAAAACCCUGUGGGAUACACCUACAUAUCCUAAUACUGCAUUUAAUGCUUUCAUAAACUAGAUAUGGGGUGGGAAUGGAUGAUCACUAAUUGUGUAUUGCAUUUGUGAAGGUGUCAUUGCAGGUUUGAUAUAUAUUCCUUUUGAAGAGUCAAGUUAUUCAUUUAAUUUUUUAUAUAUCAUUUAUACCAAGGCACACAAUAAUAAUUAUUAUUAUUAACUCCUGUGUUAAUUCUGUAUUGGCAGAGCAAAAAGCACUGCAGCUAGUUUUCACUAAUCAUGGCAGGGCAGGCUUUGUGUGAGUGCUUGUGAAUCAUGAAGAGAAAAAAAUCUUCUGCUGGUGAUCCUUUUAAAAGUGUAUGGCAGGCAGGCAUCACAGGAUGCUCUUGUAAUAAAGUGUCAACCAUGACAGACAU